ACAGGAAGAAGACAAACUAUUGAUGUACAAGAUAUCCCAUGCAGUGCGGUUGAGGAACAAUCCAAUAUAUUGUGGUGAGCUUUGUUUCUGAAUAGAUGAAUGGAAGUGUUCAAGCAACUUAGACUUCUUCUGUGGAAGAAUUUUAUCUUAAAGAAACGGAACAUCAUAGUGACAAUCAUGGAAAUCCUUAUACCAUUGCUGUUUAUGGGGAUUUUAAUUUGGCUUCGCCUGAUUAUUAAGUCACAAAAAAUUGAUUCUCUCCGGUACAAUGGCCAGUCCAUUGAUGAACUACCCAUGUUUUUCCAAAAUUCUCCUAAGAAUGGCCAGUGGGAGCUGGUUUAUAUUCCUUCCAACAGUGAUGUUGUGAAGGAUAUCAUUGAGGAAGUGAAAAAGAACUUAAACAUCAGUUUCAGAGUUCAAGGCUUUCUCUCAGAGGACGAUUUUAAGAAGUACAUUAAAUAUUAUGAUAACUCUUCUUAUGUGCUGGCUGCCAUUGUUUUUGACCACAUUUUUCUCAAAAGUGAUGACCCCUUGCCGCUUAAGGUUAAGUACUAUCUGCGUCUUUAUGACUCUCCACGGAACCCUGAGGUCAAGAAGCUUCUUUUUAGAAGAUCAACAACAGGCUGGCACACUACCACACUUUUUCCACUCUUUCCAACCCCAGGACCCAGGGAACCCUUAUAUCCUGAUGGAGGAGAUCCUGGAUAUAUCAGAGAAGGAUUCCUGACAGUGCAGCAUGCUGUGGACAAAGCUAUUAUGAGGUACCAUGCACCAGAAGCUGCCAACAAGAUAUUUGACAAAAUCACCUUAAUUGUGAAGAGGUUUCCUUACCCAGAUUUCAUUAACGACCCUUUCCUCACUGUUGUACAAUUCACGUUGCCUCUACUUCUUGUGCUGGCCUUUACUUUCACCGUACUGAACAUCAUCCGUAGCAUUGUGCAUGAGAAGGAGAAAAAACUGAAGGAAUAUAUGAGAAUGAUGGGACUCAACAAUUGGCUACACUGGCUUACGUGGUUCCUUGUGUUUUUUGUCUUCUUCUUCAUUGCUGUUUUUUUAAUCACUAUUCUCUUUUGUAUCAAGGUGAAAGGUGAUGUGGCAGUGCUCACCAAAAGUAACCCAGUUUUGAUAUUUUUCUUUCUGAUGUGUUUUGCAACAUCUUCCAUCUCCUUUGGCUUCAUGGUCAGCACAUUCUUUGGUAAAGCCAAUUUAGCAGCUGCCACAGGAGGCUUCCUUUACUUUAUUGCCUACAUUCCAUACUUCUUUAUUGAACCUCGGUACCACCGGAUGACUUAUAGCCAGAAGUUAUCAUCUUGUCUCCUCUCAAAUGUUGCAAUGGCAUUAGGAAUUUUGCUCCUAGUCAAGUUUGAAGGGAAAGGGACAGGCAUGCAAUGGAAAGACUUCACAUCACCUGUUAACAUAGAUGAUAACUUCACUUUUGGACAUGUGGUAUUAAUGCUAUUAUAUGACACUGUUUUCUAUGGUUUGGUGACCUGGUAUGUGGAAGCUGUAUUUCCUGGACAAUAUGGUAUGCCCCAGCCUUGGUAUUUCUUCUUGCUGCCUUCCUACUGGUUAGGGAAGCCAAGAAUGAUUUUACAAGAAAGGAAGGAGGAGGAGGACCUUGAGAAAUCUCCACAGCAUGAAUUCUUUGAGGCUGAACCUACAGACCUGCUAGCAGGAAUAAAGAUAAAAAAUCUCUGCAAGACUUUUAUGAUGGGGAAAAAGAGAAAAGAAGCUAUAAGAAACCUGAGUCUCAAUUUGUAUGAAGGGCAAAUCACUGUUCUUCUAGGACAUAAUGGAGCAGGGAAGACUACUACCCUAUCUAUACUUACAGGUCUCUUUCCUCCUACAAGUGGACAAGCAUACAUCAGUGGGUAUGAGAUUUCACAGAAUAUGGUUCAUAUUCGGAAGAGUCUGGGUUUAUGCCCCCAGCAUGAUGUCUUAUAUGAUGAAAUGACAGUUGCUGAGCACCUUUAUUUUUAUGCUCAGCUAAAAGGACUGCCUAAGGAAAAGUGCCAGGAGGAAGUCAAUCAUAUCUUGAGCAUUCUUGAUAUAGAUCGGAAACGCCAUACUCUUUCAAGGUCUUUGAGUGGGGGAAUGAAACGCAAGGUUUCCAUUGGCAUCGCACUCAUAGCAGGCUCCAAGGUAGUGAUGUUGGAUGAGCCGACAUCUGGCAUGGAUCCAGUCUCAAGGCGGGCUACCUGGGAUCUCCUUCAGCAUCAGAAAAAUAAACGAACAAUCAUGCUGACCACUCAUUUUAUGGAUGAGGCUGACCUAUUGGGGGACCGAAUUGCCAUCAUGGCCAAAGGGGAACUACAGUGCUGUGGCUCUUCACUUUUCCUCAAACACAAAUAUGGUGCAGGAUACCACAUGAUCAUAGUGAAGGGACCUACAUGUAACAUUGAGGAAAUUUCCCAUCUGAUUUCUUACCAUGUACCAACUGCCACAAUGGAAAGUAAUGUUGGGGCUGAAUUAUCAUUUAUCCUCCCCAAAGAGAGUUCAUACAAAUUUGAAUCUUUAUUUACUGAACUGGAAGAGAAACAGACAGAGCUAGGCAUUGCCAGCUAUGGUGCCUCUGUCACUACUAUGGAAGAAGUCUUCCUUAGGGUCGGUAAAUUGGUGGAUUCUAGCAUGGAUCUUCAAGCAAUCCAGCUCCCCACUCUGAAAUAUGAGAAAAGUACAGAAGAUUCAGAUAGCAGUAAAAAUCUUGGUGACUCAAGUGAAUUGGAACUGAAGGUUCUAACUAAAAAGAAAUCUCAUAUGGAAUUAAAUACCGGGCUUUUACUUCACUGCCAGCAAUUCUUUGCCAUGUUAGUGAAGAAGGUUAUGUAUAGUUGGCGUGAGUGGAAGAUGAUAACAGCACAGAUUCUGGUGCCUCUGACAUGUACUACUAUAGCUCUUAUGGCCAUCAACUACUCUUCCAAGAUUCCAGAUCCAUCUGCUCUCAAAUUGUCCUUAAAUGCAUACGAUAAGACAAUUGUACCUUACAAUUUCUCUGGAUCUUUAAGUCUUGAAAACAUCUUUAUUCAAAUGCUGGAUAGAGUUUUUGAUAGUAAUAACCACCACAGCAUUCUGCUGGCUGAAAAUGUGGAAGCAGAACUGCUUUCUAAGAUAAAAGAGAGCGAAGGCUUUAAUGAGCACUGCCUUGUAGCAGUUUCCUUCAAACAACAUGGAAAUUACACAUUAAUCACCGCUUUCUUCAACAAUCAAGCCUACCAUACUCCUGCCAUGGCAAUAGCAGUGGUAGACAAUAUUCUAUUCAAGUUGAUUUCUGGCCCACAAGCUUCCAUUACUGUUUUCAAUUAUCCUCAACCUCGAAGUUCCAUCCAAGCUGCAAAGGAGCAGUAUUUUUGGGGCCAUAAGGGAUUUGACAUUGCUAUCAACAUGCUCUAUGGCAUGGGCUCAUUGGCCAGUACCUUUUCUAUAAUGGCAGUUACUGAGAGAGUCAUAAAGGCAAAGCAUAUCCAGUUUGUCAGUGGAGUCUAUGUUAUUAAUUUCUGGCUGUCUUCCCUUAUAUGGGAUCUCAUUGUCUUCUUCAUUCCCUGUUUGCUGCUACUGGGGGUGUUCAGAUUCUUUGAUGUAAAAGCUUUCACUCAGGACAACCACCCUGCGGAUGCAUUGCUGAUAUUAAUGUUGUAUGGCUGGUCCAUCAUUCCUCUCAUGUACCUAAUGAGCUUCCUCUUUGUGGCAGGUGCCACUGCCUUCAUAAGGCUCAUCAUGUUCAACUUCUUCUCAGGCAUUAUCACCUUAAUCGUCCUCUAUGUCACAAGCUUCAAGGGAUUAAAAUUGGACAAAAUCCAUAUAAUUCUGGAUAAAAUAUUCCUCUUGCUACCUAACCACAGCUUAGGGAUGUGCAUCAGCAGUUUUUACACCAACUUUGAGACCAAGAAAUACUGUACCUCCUCUGCUACUGCAGCCCUUCAUUGUCAAAUUUCAAAUUUAGAAUAUGAAGAUGAUUUCUAUACAUGGGAAACUCCAGGCAUUGGAAAGUUUAUGACUUCACUGGUUGUCUCCGGCUUUCUUUUCUUCAUCCUGCUUUUAUUUAUUGAGACUAACAUUCCCUGGAGAUUAAACAUCCUUAUAAGUCACCUCUUUAGGGCUCGUAAUUGGGCACAAGUGCAUAGCAAAGAAUCAGUCCUUCCCAAAGACCAAGAAGUUGAAGAUGAAAGAAAGAAAAUUGAGGAAUCCCUUCCGGAGCUUUUGCGGACCACUCCACUGGUUGUUAAGCAACUCACAAAGGUGUAUGGCAGUAGAGUGCCCUUCUUGGCUGUAAAUAGGAUCUCCCUAACUGUCCAGAAAGGAGAGUGCUUUGGAUUGCUUGGCUUCAAUGGAGCAGGGAAAACCACUACCUUCAAAAUGCUGACGGGGGACGAAACUAUCACUUCUGGGAAGGCCUAUAUUGAUGGCUACAACAUCAUCACCCACAUAAAAGAGGUACGACAAAGAAUUGGUUACUGCCCUCAAUUUGAUGCUUUACUGGACCACAUGACAGGACGAGAGACUUUGGUCAUGUAUGCCCGGCUUCGUGGCAUCCCUGAGCACCGCAUUAAUAGUCUUGUGAAGGAUGUACUGCAGGGGUUGCUUCUAGAGGCCCACUCAGACAAACUCAUCAAAACCUACAGUGGUGGUAACAAGCGUAAAUUGAGCACUGGUAUUGCCCUGAUCGGAGAUCCCUCAGUUGUCUUCCUGGAUGAACCAUCCACAGGCAUGGACCCUGUAGCCCGACGCCUGCUCUGGGAUACAGUAACACGGAGUCGUGAGUCUGGACAAGCCAUUGUCAUUACCUCUCAUAGCAUGGAAGAGUGUGAGGCUUUAUGCACCAGGCUGUCCAUCAUGGUGAAUGGGCAGUUCAAAUGCAUAGGCAGUCCACAGCACCUCAAAAGCAAGUUUGGGAGUGGAUACACUCUGCUGGCCAAGGUCAAAAGUAGCAGCCAAAAGCUGCAGGCAUUCAAGAUGUUCGUUGAAGAGACACUCCCAGGCAGUGUCCUAAAGGAUGAGCACCAUGGGAUGGUUCACUAUCACGUACCUAGCAAGGACCUCAGCUGGGCAAAGGUGUUUGGUAUCUUGGAGAAAAACAAAGAUCAAUAUGAACUGGAUGACUACUCCAUCAGUCAAAUCUCCCUGGAGCAAGUCUUCAUGAAUUUUGCCCAUUUACAGCAGCUUUCUGAAGAUGCCCAGUGAUAAGAAUAGCCAUCAUCUGUUAUUUAAUGUUUAUUCAUAGACACAAAACUCAGUUGUGUGCUGGGAUUUGAUCAGACUUUCCCCAAAGGAAGACAAAUGUAUCUAAGAUGAAGAAUGGAAAAUUCCAUCUGGAAGAUACAGCCGCAAGUAUGCCUGAAUUUGUGAGCCAAG